UGUGUCAGGUCGAAGUUGACUGCCUUAACGUGGAACAGCACCGACCUGGUGAGGUGUAGUUUUACUUUGUGGUGGUAAUAACAAGUAUCAAGAUUCAUUUCCCGCUGAUGUCAUACGGCAGCGAGACGCCGCACGUCUGGACCAGCUCAGGUAGCGAGGUGUCGCCGUACGGGCCGCUGUGGGAGGCGCCUCCUGCCUCCGUGCCCUACCCCGAUAUACUGGCCUUUCCUCCGACUGACCUGGUAUGGUCUGCGGGCGGGUGCGGAGCUCGUGGCGGGGCGCGCGCGGUGGCAGGUGGCAAGAAGCCGCGCCGGCGUGUGGCCUCGGUUGCGCAGCGCCGCGCCGCCAACAUCCGCGAACGCCGCCGCAUGUUCAAUCUUAACGAGGCCUUCGACAAGCUGAGACGGAAGGUGCCGACGUUCGCUUACGAGAAGCGUCUGUCUCGCAUCGAGACGCUGCGCCUGGCUAUCACCUAUAUCGGCUUCAUGUGCGAGCUGCUCCACGGCUCUCCAUCGCCGGCACCGGCGUCACACCACGCGCACGCACAUGCGCACGCCCUACAUCCACACAGGCAUGUCUUCGACGCUGAAGUGCCGUGGUGCGCGUAGGUUUAAACAAAUGUAUCGUCGAUCAUCACUUAGUAGAAUCCUCACUUAGAAAUAUCAGUAAGAUGCAUAGCUGUUAGUGCGCGUUUAUAUUUUAUUUUCCAGAACGCUAAGGAGAACCACAUAUUGGAUUUUUGACAGCCAUGGACAAAGUGCAUAGACUCCGAAGCGAUUCCAUAACUAAGUUUAAAAAUGUACUAGUCACGUGUCAGUUCUAUUUUUGAA